GAGAGGCCCUAGUGCAGGAACAACUACUAAGCUGCAGAUGUUUGGCAGCUGCAGACAGAAGUGAGGGGAAAAGAAGAGGGGAGAUUUGCUCAGCUGAAGAAGGCACUAGAGGAGACAAGCUGCGGAGGAUCUAGUGGUAUAACAUGCCUCUUCCACCACCCCCUUCUUCACCUCCACCUCCAUGUCCAGCAUCUAGAGAAUCUCUGAGCCUGAAUAGGCCCUUCCUACGAAGCCUGCUAGGAUGGCUGCGUAUAGCACAGCUGCUGUUGGGUGCUGUCUGCUGGAUAAUUUUAGCGGCACACAAGUAUGAAGGAGCAACCUACUUUGCAGUCUUUGCAGCAGUCCUGGUGUGGCUUCUUACCUUGGUUCUUUUUGGGCUCAGUUUAUUGGGCCGAUGGACUCUGAUUCCUGUGCUGGGGACCCACUGGCUCCUAACAAACAUUCUGCACGACCUGUUGCUUGGAGUUAUUUUCUUCACAGCUGCUGCAAGCAUCAUAGGCUACAAGGCGAGGAGCAUCAACUAUUGUACUCUGCCAGGUUAUAGCCAGCCCUGCAGUUACACUGCCUACUUAGUUGCUGCUAUCUUUGCUGGUAAAACUGCCUUCCUGUACUUGCUCUCUGGACUCUACUGCUUGGUACGGCGUUUCCAGGGGCACCAUGAUAUCAUCUGAGAGAUGCAAGAAGUUCAAGAAGUAGAAACAGAUCUUAUUCAAAUAGGUGGAUAAGCCUAGCAUACAAUUAGCCUACAGAUAUCUUGAUCCAGGUGCUGUCAUCUUCCUGAGGAAAACCUGAUGCAGUCCCUAUUUUUUUCUGACAGUUGUGAAUGCUCUUACCUCCAGAUGACUGAUCACAGAUGGACUCUUAGCAUCAUGACCCAGAAGCCAAAAAUGAUGCAUCUUAGGAGGAACACCUGGGAACCAGAUUGUGGAUUAAUUUCUCUCUCUCUUUUCUCUUCUUUCAUUUUGGCAGGAUGAUUUUUAUGGGUCUGGGAAGUUUUGACCUGAUCUGUACUUCCAAUAUAUCUGAUUGCUAUAGGAUUCGGUAUUAUCAUCUUCUGGUAUACAAUAUUGGUUUUAUUAUUCAUGCUAUCCUGUUUUGGAUCUUAGAAAUGAAAUUCAGAUGUUCAGAUUUUAUACCCCGUGGGCUUCUUGAGGGGUUUUUGUUUGCUUGUUUUACACAGGAAUAUUCUGUUUUAAACAUAUAUUUAUACAUAAUUAUUUACUGUAAAUUUUAAAACUUUUGAAUCUACCCGAUAGUAUUUGUAGCAUUAUUAUUUUAACGUGUUUUUCAGAAAACAGAGAGAUAAUGGCUCCUGCCAUCUGAAACUGCACUCUCUAAUUGAAAGAACUGAUUUUGAUUUCAGAUGUAUGCUAAUUAAAUUAAGAAAAGUAGUACACGUUGAAUAUGCUCAGAAAUUAUUUUUCUUUAUGGGUACAGUAUUGUUUAAUAUAUCCCAGAACUAAGCUUUGCUUCCAUGAAUGAAUUCCAAUCUUAUUGGUUUCAAUUCACAAAAGAUUUGCUCAAAUAAAACCUUCUGUGAUCUUGCCCCAUAAAUGUUGCUGUAUUAUUUCACUUUGAUGACAUAUCUCAGUCUAUAUCCUGCAUUAAAGUAGCCUUCUCUAAAACUGUUUCCUUCAGAAGUUUGGGGUUCUAUUUACCAUCUGAAGAGAAUUAUUUUGUCCAAUGUUCUUAAGAGUACCAGAUCUGGAAUCCCUUUUACAGCAAACCAAUCAUUAUAAAUAGGAGGGAAUGUUCACAGUGAUGGGACAAAA